GCAGCGCGUGGCGCGGUACGUGCGGGAAGCUGGCUCGUCUGCUGCCGUUCAUCUGGCCGCGCCGUGACGUGGGUCUCCAGCUGAUCGUCAUCUUCUGCAUGGCGCUUCUCGUCGGCACGCGCGUCAUAAACGUCUACGUGCCGCUCUACUACAAGUACAUCGUGGACGGCCUGACGGAGACGGCCGGUCACCCGCGGCCCGUCUUCCUCUGGCAAGACAUUCUGGUGUACGUCGGUCUCAAGUUCCUCCAGGGUGGCGGCGUCGGCAGCAUGGGCGCCCUCAACAACCUGCGCGGCCUGCUCUGGAUCAAGGUGCUGCAGUACACCGAGCGCGAGGUCCAGGUGGACCUGUUCGCGCACCUGCACCAGCUGAGCCUGCGCUGGUGCACCUGAGAGCGAAGACGGGCGAGUGCUGCGCGUCAUGACCGAGGCACCUCAUCCAUCACGCUGCUCAGCUAUCUGGUCUUCCAGAUCCUGCCCACCGUGGCCGCAUCACCAUACGCCAUCACGUUCUUCAGCGCCGCCUUCAGCUGGUUCGGCCUCCUCGUCUUCAUCACGAUGCUGCUCUAUAUGGUGUCGCGGCCGUUAUCACGAUGGCGCACCAAGUACCGGCGCCAGAGCAACCUGCUGGACAACGCACAGCGCACCAAGGGCGUGGACUCGCUGCUAAACUACGAGACUGUCCAAGUACUUACUGACACGCGAGGAUACGAGGUCAACCUGUACCGAGAACGCAUACUGGAGCGCCAGCGGGUGGACUGGAAGUCACUGGCGUCGCUGAACCUGCUGAACGUGGUGCAGAACGUAGUGAUCAACGGCGGCCUGCUGGCCGGCUCGCUACUCUGCGCCUACUUCGUCGCCGACAACGGCACCCUCACCGUCGGCGACUACGUGCUCUUCUCCACCUACAUCGUGCAGCUGUACGCGCCGCUCAACUGGUUCGGCACCUACUACCGGAUGAUCCAGCAGAACUUCAUCGACAUGGAGAACAUGCUGGACCUGCUGAAGGAGAGGAGGGAGAUCAGCGACCUGCCGGGCGUGCCGCCGCUGACCGUUCGCGAAGGUCGCCUUGAGUUCCGUAACGUCUCCUUCCACUACCAGCCGGAGAAGCCGAUACUGCGCGGCGUGUCGUUCUGCGUCGAGCCUGGCGCCACCGUCGCCCUGGUGGGACCGUCGGGCGGCGGCAAGUCGACCGUCAUCAGGCUGUUGUUCCGCUUCUUCGACGUGACCGACGGCCGCAUCAUGCUGGACAACCAGGACCUGAAGUGGGUGCAGCAGCGCACGGUGCGGCGCGCGAUCGGCGUCGUACCGCAGGACACCGUGCUCUUCAACGACACGAUCAGGUACAACAUCCGCUACGCUCGCAUGUCGGCCACGGAGGAGGCAGUGGAGGAGGCGGCGCGCGCCGCCGACAUGCACGACAAGAUCGUGUCGUUUCCGGACGGGUACGACACUCUGGUGGGCGAGCGCGGUCUGAAGCUCUCCGGCGGCGAGAAGCAGCGCGUCGCCAUCGCGCGCACCCUCCUCAAGGCGCCCAAGUUCAUCCUGCUGGACGAGGCCACCAGUGCGCUGGACACUCAGACCGAGCGGAACAUCCAGGACUCGCUGCAGCGCGUGUCGGCCGGUCGCACCACCCUGAUCGUCGCCCAUCGACUGUCGACCAUCGCACACGCCGACCAGAUCCUGGUGCUCAAGGAGGGGCGCAUCAUCGAGCGCGGCAGGCACGACGAGCUGAUGGAGAAGAACGGCAUGUACGCCGGCAUGUGGCGUCAACAGUCCGAGAUGGCCGACCGGCGCUCGCGCCGCUCUCCGGACCGGCAGCAGCGCUCCCCGGACCGGCAGCGCCGCGAGUGGGCGCCGUGGAGGGAGGGGCAGCCGCUGGUGGUGAGCUCCAUGGCCGGCGAGGUGGGCGUGUAG